AUGAACAAGGAGUUACCUGAACUUUUUGGCAUGCUAAAAGCUGCUGAGAUUGAGAUCAAGAAAGAGCACCAAGUGUUGAUGGUCAACAAGACCACCAGUUUCAAGAAACAGGGCAAGUCUAAGGGAAAAUUCAAGAAGGGUGGCAAGAAAGCUGCCACGCCUCCUAUGAAACCUAAGAACGGCCCUAAGCCUGAUGCUGAGUGCUAUUACUGCAAGGAGAAGGGACACUGGAAGCGUAAUUGCUCCAAGUAUCUGGCUGAUCUGAAGAGCGGCCUUGUCAAGAAGAAGAAAGAAGGAACUAAAGAAUAAACGACAACUGCUGAAAGAUGAAGUGACGAUGCGCGUUGGAAACGGAUCCAAGGUCAAUGUGAUCGCAGUCGGCACACUUCCUCUACAUCUACCUUCGGGAUUAGUUUUAAGCCUAAAUAAUUGCUAUUAUGUACCUGCGUUGAGCAUGAACAUUAUAUCUGGAUCUUGUUUAAUGCAAGACGGUUAUUCAUUCAAGUCUGAGAAUAAUGGUUGUUCUAUUUUUAUGAAUAAUAUCUUUUAUGGUCGAGCACCACAAAAGAAUGGCUUAUUUCUGUUAGAUCUCGAUAGUAGUGAUACGCACAUACAUAACAUUGAUGCUAAGCGAAUUAAACUUAAUGAUAAUUCUACUUAUAUGUGGCACUGUCGUCUUGGUCAUAUUGGAGUGAAACGCAUGAAGAAACUCCAUACUGAUGGAUUACUUGAAUCACUUGA